AUGUUAUGCAAUAAUAAACAUUGUUAUCGAUUAAUAGGAAAAGUUUCCUAUCAAUCUCAACGUUUAUUUACUCAAACUCGUCAAUUAAAAGAUUUAGAACAGAUUUAUGAAUUACUUAAAGAAGAAUCAUUAUCUUCACAAUCAUCAUAUUCAGAACAUAUGAAUCCAGCUGGAAUAUUUGCUAAUAAUGAAUUAGAUUUACAUAAAAUAAAAGUCUAUGGUUUUGAUUUCGAUUAUACAUUAGCAAGAUAUAAAUCAACGUUACAUUCCUUAAUUUAUGAUCAUACAAAAGCGUAUCUUGUGAAAAAUUUAAGAUAUCCUGAGCAAAUAAAGGAUUUUUGUUUUCGACCUGGUAUGGGUGCACGUGGUCUUCAUUUAGAUAUAAAACGUGGAUGGUUAAUGAAAGUUGAUAGUUAUCAUAAUAUUCAAUUAGGAACUGUUUAUCAUGGUAUGCGACAAGUAAGCGAUCAAGAAGUUAUCGAUGCACAUCAUGGUACAAAAUUAUCUGUUGAGGAAGUUGGUUAUCUUGGUAUGACAUCAAAUAUGUUUCAAUAUGUUGAUAUAUUUACGAUACCAGAAAUCACCAUCUUACGAGAUGUAAUACAGUUUUUUAUUGAUAAUAGUAUUCCAUUUGCUGCUGAAUAUGUACAUUAUGAUGUUCGAGAAGCUGUUGGUGCUUUUCAUAAAAGUGGUAUAAUGCAUCAAUUAGUUGGACAAGAUGCAGAAACUUAUUUUGAAGAAAAUUCUCGUUUAAGACCGUUUUUACAACGACUUCGUGAUGCUAAUAAGCAAUUAUUUUUAAUAACAAAUAGUGCCUAUUGGUAUGUUAAUCGUGGUAUGACAUCUUUACUUGGAGCGAAAUGGCAAGAUUUCUUUGAUAUUGUCAUAUGUCAAGCUAGAAAACCAUCAUUUUUUGGUGCACUCAAAAGACCAUUUAGAGAAAUAAAUAUUAAUAAUAAUUCGAAAUCUUGGGAUCGUGUUUCGAAAUUAGAAAAAGGAAAAGUCUACGUUGAAGGUAAUCUUACAACUCUUGCUGAAAUAACACAUUGGCAAGGUCAUGAUGUACUUUAUAUUGGUGAUCAUAUUUAUGGUGAUUUAGCAGAUUUAUUUUUAACACAUGGAUGGAGAACAGGUGCAAUAUUAGAAGAAGUUGAAGACGAAAUUAAUAUUAUUAAUUCUGAAACAUUCCAAAAAACUAUGCGAUGGCUAAAUGUUCUUCAAUGGUUAAUUGAUCAAUUACAAAUCAUUCCUGGUCCUGAAGCUGAUAUUCUAAUGAAAAGUUGGGUUGCUGAACGUGAAGAAGAAAGAACAAAAUCUCGUGAUUAUUUUAAUCCUUAUUUUGGUUCUAUAUUUCGUACAUAUACAGUACCAACAUAUUUUCAUCGACGUUUAGCACGUUUUGCUGAUGUUUAUACAUCAAAUGUUUGUAAUUUUCUCAAUUAUCCACUUGAUUAUAUAUUUUUUCCACGUCGUAUGGCAUUAGCACAUGAAAAUGUGUUACCGACACCUGAUAUUGAUUUAUUAUUGAUGAAAACUGCUCAAGAAGCUAUGCGUUUCGAAACCAAACUUUAA